AUGAAGACUGAACAGGAAACUAAACGAGAAAUCUUCCAGGGAAAGAAGCAGAAGGUCUCAGAUUAUGUCAACAAUCUUGACGCUGCCAGCAUGACUGGCACAUGGUCACCAGGUGGGACUUGGCAUCGUAUACACGGCGAUUGCAAAUCAACAACCGGAGGCAAAUGGCACAUGGAAACAAUGAAAACUAGUUCUAGCCCUCCCACGUACAAGGUCAAACUCCUUGAGAAUGAUUCGACAAUCUGGUCGCGGGAGUAUGUUUCUGAGCCGUCAUUUGAGACUAUUGUCGCUGAUGUGCAGGCGGCAAAGGGUUGA